AUGGCCCUUGCCUCCUCCGCCUCGUCGCGGAACCGGAUCCGGGCCCAACUCCUCCACUCGGCCUCGGAUGAGGCUGACAGCUUUACGCCGAUUCGUAAAGUGGUAUCCGGCCACGCUCAGGAGCCCCCUUCUGGGCCCGGGGCUUCUCACGGCAAGCCCUAUGGCGGCCAGUUUUAUGUCGGCGCUCCGGUACCGGCCGACCGUGACCAGUUUCCGCGCACCACCCUUUGGUCAAUUUGCCCACACAAGCCGUCAGUUCUGCUCCUGGCGAGGGCAUCUGACAGCUCGGACCCAGCAAUAGGAGUCACUUGUACCCGGCUUUAG